GCCACUUUUUGUAGAUGAGUAUUUGUAAUGAGUUUGUCUUGUUCUUGUUAUUCACAUAGAUGUAUAAUUAUAUGCUACAGGAUGCAUUCAUAUUUAAGUGAAAUUGAAAGUGUGACAACAGUGUGAUGCAUAUUAGUGGUUCAGUAUCGACAAAAAAUAGAUGCAAUAUGUGGAAGUGUAAGAUGUAGUAAUUGUGGUUAUUGUAGUUGGAAUGUAAAGGAAUUUGGUGAUGAAUAAUUAUGUGUAAGAUGCAUAAGUUUAAGAGACGAUAUGCAGUUUUUUUAUGAAUAUGACUUGUGCUUGUGAGUGAUAUAAAUGCAUAUUUAAAUGCAUUUAACCAAGCAAGUUAUUACGGUUUUCAUAAUAGUUAGAUUAUGAAUUGUGGUUGUGAGCCAUGUAGUAUUGCUUACAUUUUGAAGCAGUUAAAUUGUGGUUUUCGUAUGUGACUAGCUCCAAAGUUUCAUGUACAUAUAAUAGAAAAUCAAAACGAGCAUUAAGUGUUAGGAAAAAAAGACAGCAAGAAGGCGCAUCCACAAGCAACUUGCAACAAAACAAAAAGGGCAAAGGGAAGACGAAAUAGAGCAAAGGAAGAGACGCUCCUAUGAUGAAUAUGCAGCAUGAUGAUGCACAAAGAUACGAAGUGAGAGGCAAAGGUGUGAAAGAUAGUGAAAGACUAUCACUGACCAUGAGGAGGAGGACUAGGAGCAUGAUGCAGUCAAAAAGUGAUGAUCAUGCAGAAAAAUCCCAAAAUGAUGAUGAACAGUCGAAGACAAAAAAUACGAUGAGUGACAGUGAUGAAGCUUUUGAAAGUCCUCCUAAGUCUUUAAAAAAUGUAGGUGGUGCAGUUAAACAUCAAAGAAAGGAGCAACACAAGAAAGGUGAUUAUGAGGAGAUCAAGGAAGAAUCUACAAGUUUGUACAACAGAUCAUCACCAAAUGUGAUUGUCAAUGCAAUAUCAAAGUUUAAUGACAAGCAAAGAGAAGAGGUCAUUAAUAUAGGUUUUGGAGCAAUGUUGCAGCUACAUAUCCAAGAUUUGCCUUUAAGACUUGGAUAUGGGAUUGUAGAUAACUUUGACCCAAGGAGUUGCACACUAAAGCUGAAUGGUGACAAACUUCAUGUGACAUACAAGGAUGUUGAGAAUGCACUAGGAUUCCCUCAAGGAGAAGAAAUUGUAGUGAAGAAACUGAAAAAAGAGAAAAGUGCUCUGGCAGAUGAGUGGAGGGCUUUAUCUGGUGCAAAGGAAAAAAUUACUCCAACCAAAGUUGCC